ACGGAGGAAGGACGUGGUGGAUCGCGGCUGCUCUUCUGCCUCGCCUCGCCUCGCCCCGUCUCAUCUCGCCUCACCUCGUCUCGCCUCGCCUCGCCGCGCUUCGCGUCUCGCCUGUUCUCUCCGUUUCUUCCUCUCCCUCAUCUCCUUCUUCCUCUCUCCCGUCGUCCCGGUCGGAAGGAGCAUCGCGUGUACGGCAUCGCCGCUUCAUGUACGUGUCCGUCGGCGGGCAACGAGCGGACAUGAAACAAUUUACACAGGACUAGCUACCGCGACGGUGUGCAUCGGCCACUUCGCUCGUCCUCGCGAAAGAAAGCGGCAGGAACAACCAUCACGUGUCCUCGUUAACCAGCACGCCCUUUCGUCAUGGAGCCGGGCGGCAGCUCGACGAGCCACCGCCGAGAAGCGUCGUCGUAGAAGCCGCAGCCCGAAGCUCACGCCAACUGCCGAUUGCGGGAGGGAAGCCAGCGGAGCUCGGAAAACCCGCGGGAAAUGGCCUCUGUGUGCGGCGCCGGCGGCGCAAAGACCAACGCUAUGAUGAACGCCGGCGGCUACUAUAGGCCGGGUCCUUACACCUACCAGAACGACUACUACCUGCCAGCGCGAUCGACCUGGUCCAGGGUUUCGACGGCGCGAAUGAACAGCAAUGCGACGUGGAGGUUCGGCAGCGCUAUGUUAAUUAUAUACGCGAUGUUGGUGCUGGUCGCGGUGCUGGCGAUAGCUGGACUGGCUCUGUGGAUGGGCGCUCUCCGAACAGAUUCCAAGAAUGUUAUCGUCGGGUUUUCGUGCAGCUUCAGGAUAGCCAGGGGUGAAAGGUACAAUCCUAUGUUGAAGCUGAACACGAGCAUGGUCUUCCGCGAAAAGGAGCGUAAAUUCAAAAAUAUCUUCGAGCUUCUAUUUAGGAGAAGCGUCCUCGGCUCGUCCUACAAGCGAACGACGAUAGACAAGUUCGAGAACGGGACGCUGAAGGUCUUCUUCAGGCUGUACCUCGACCGCAGGAAGAUACCGCGCUCGAUUACGAACGUCGAGGACACCAUACAGGACAUCAUCGUGAAGGAAGCGUACUCGAUAUCAUCUCUGUUCAAGGACAUGGAACUGGAUCUCACGAGCGUGUCGGUGAAAAAAAUCAGCCAGGAAGGUAGCGCGAGCUCGAAGCAGGGGCAGCAGAAGCACACGAUGAUCACGAAGAACGGUCUGCUGCGGCCGAACAGAAACGGCAGCCUCAUCACGAGUUCGAAGCCGAAGACGAAGCCCGUGAAGCUCGACGCCGGCGAGCCCGACAUAGACUUCAACAACAUUCCGACCAUCCAAGGCACUUACCGAGCGACCAAGGUUAACAUCACCGCGGAGAACUCGACCAAGGGGACGACGACCGAGUCGAUAACGGAUGUUCAAGCCACCACCAAGGGACGACCGUUGACGUCCGCCACGAGAGAAUCCGAAGAGGAGUCGAGCGAAGCGCCGGCCACGAGCACCAGCAGGACAACACCGAGCACCACGACCGCCUGGAGCCCGGACCAGGACGUCUUCAAGGACGUCUUCCACAAACCCGACCUGGAGACCUCGCCGUGGAAGCCGAUCGUGCCGACGCACGUCAACACGGAAUUCAAGCUGCUGCCCGACGACAACAAUAGCACCGAGUCGAGCACACGACACGCCAUUUCUCCAGCGUCCAGCGAUGGAAGCGCUCAGACUGGAAGCGGCGCAUCGCCGUCGGCGAUGCCGGGUCUACCGUUGGAGUCGCUCAAGUUCCGCGACGUACCCGGCAUGAGCACCUUCGACAGCGACGACGCGGACUUCCCGCGCGACAGAGUCGUGCCGAGCUCGACGGUGUCCAGACUGGACGACGACCUGGAGAUCGAGGUGGCCGGCCAGCUGCCUCCGGAGACCUACAGUGUCCGACUGAGGGCCUCAUCGAAACGCGAGGACAGCGACGCUGCCAGCUCGGAGACCUCGACUCGACAGACCUUCGGGAAUGCUUCGUCGCAAGGCAAGCGGGAGGAACCGAGCGCCACCCGGCAACCGGAAUCGGCGACGCCGACGAUGUCCACGAUGACAAACGGGUUCAGCGACGAGACCGCGAGCAAGUCUCCGGACACCAGCGGCAUCGGCGUGGCGGAGCCCGUGCUGGACGCGGAGAUCGAGCUGGAGGCGAAGAACCGCUACAGCGAAGUGCCGGCAAGCAAAGCCGACGAGGAAGACGCGCUGCGCAACAGGAAGGUGGACGUCGAGCCGCAGCGACCUGUCUACACCAGCUACAACACUCCCGACCUGAAUGGCGGUAGUCUCAGCUCCAGCCUGAUCCGAAACUCGGCGACCAUGAAGCCCUUCAGGCACACGAUACCCGUCGACAAGAUCACGUCCGUCGUGAAUUACAGCAGCGACUUUCCCGUCCGCGACGCGUUCCUGCCGGAGGUUCCUCUCGACGCGGACGAGUCGCCUCGGGACAAGAACGCGUCGUCGUUGGCGAACUUGGAGAGAGUCGUCCAGGUGGAAACCUUCGUGAAGGCACAGCACGACGACGAGACGAUGGUCCAGCUGCCGCACUACGGACGAGUCACGUCGACGGACUCGAGCGACGACGAGCUGGCGGCGCGGCCGAGCAGCACGGAGGUCUACUCGGAGCCGAGCCCGAGCGCCAAGGACGGCGUCCUUGAGAAGAAGAGCGUGUCGAGGAACUCGACGUUCGUGGAGAUCGACACCGUCAAGCACACACCCAGCGAGUCGGAGGAGAGCUGGGAGCCGUACGGGAGUGAAGUGGCGCCGGCGGCGGCGGGCGACGAGGGCGACCUACGGAAGAAAGUCUACAACGACACUUUGAAGGCCUACGUGGUGGAGAACCUGGUGACCUUAGCUCCAGUCAAGAGUAACACGGGCGUGGGUAGGCCGGUGCGGCCGCGGCCAAAGAUCGAGUCCUUGACUGAGGACUCGAGCCUGCUGGAGCAGCUGUUUGGCGUGCGCGAUUACUCGCGCGAGAGGCACGCGGUGAACGGCUCAUCCGAGGAUUCCAGCACCUCGUCGCUCGAGACGACGACGCAACCUGAUCGCCUGAGGUUCAACGAGGAGGAGACCUCCACCGGCAAGAACACCGUGAUUGAGCAGAUCGUCGAGGUCGUGACUUCCAUCAGCACCAAAGUGUCGUCCAGCAUCAAGGGCGACCCGGUGGUGCUGAAGCUCAUCGUCGGCAAUUCGACCGCCCUGCCGCUCAUUCGCUCGGAGAAGACCUCCACGUCGGACAAGGAAGAGGACAGGUCGUUCGGCACAGUCGCCGACACGACGGAGAAGGUGUCGUCCACGCUGAGCCAGCAACGACCGUUGCCUCUGUCGUCGGCGAACCUGAGAACGAUGCAGACGUCGGACAGGAAGAUCUCGGCGCUCGAGGAGGAGAACAGGAUCCUGCUGGAGAAACUGAAGCAACUCGCUGAGAUCAGGACGGACGGCGAUUCUGUGCAGGUCGCGAGGAACGGCUCGAGCAACGACGCGACGAUGUCGGGACCGCUUCAAGGUCCCGACGCGCCGUCGCCGAACAUCGAUGAGCUGAAGAAGAUCGCGGACGUCGCGGUCGGCAACGAGACGCUGAAGAACGCGAGCUCGGGGGUCACGCUGAGUCGUGACGGCGUGGAGGUGUUCACGAAGGUGCUGAACAAACUGGAAGAUCGGGCGAACAAGACCACGUCGAUGACGCGAACGAUCGCCAACGCUGCUCCCGAUGAUAACUGCGCCGGCUUUCUGUGCCGAGACGGAAAAUGCCUGGACUCGAGCGCGAUGUGCAACAUGCUGGUGGAGUGCUCCAACUCUGAGGACGAAGCCAACUGCACGUGCGCCGACUUCCUGCGGACGCAGUUGCUGUACCGUAAGAUCUGCGACGGCAUCGUGGAUUGUUGGGACUACUCGGACGAGAGUGAUUGCGAUUAUUGCCGUAAGGGGCAAUUCGUGUGCGGCAACACAAAGUCCUGCGUCGACUCGGACAAGGUAUGCGACGGCUUCAGCGACUGCGCCGGCGGCGAGGACGAGAAGAAGUGCACAGCCCUGAUAGACGACGAGCCGGAGGGAGACAUGGAGGUCAUCGUUUCCACGAGAAACACCUCGACGGACUACUCCGUUGAGUCGGGGCGAACGGCAAAAGAGCCUCACUUUGAUCAGGAAGCUGUCGAGUCGUCCAUCGUGGGCACGACCACGUUGUACGAUCUCCCCGGUGAUGUCCGGGCCGAGAAGCUGACGGACGAAAACGGCGACUUGUCCAAGUCCGAGUCGACUGAUCAGCGAGCGACGCUCGGGAACAGAGACGAGGAUGAGGAGAACGGUAAAAUCACGGUCGCCGUUUCCAGCAGAGAAAUCUCUUCGAAUCUCCUACGAAAUGGCUUAACUCCCGGUAGCGGCUUGCGUGCCGAAAGUAAUCGUACUUUCUCGAUAGCGACGGCUACCGUCCCUCGCGGCGAGGUCGACAGUUAUAACGACAACGGCUACCUGAGCAUACGCAAAAAUGGCAAGUGGGGGAAGCUCUGUUUGAGCGACACAGACAGCAUUCUCCGGGAGCGGCAAGCUGCGUGGUCCAUCGAGGACCUCGCCAAGGCCGCGUGCAAGGCCAUCACGUACCAAGAUUACGAGAUGGCGGAGAAAGUGCUGGACCAAAAUCCGCCGCCAAACAGCUUCUAUUACUCCCUGUCGCACAACGACAAGUCGUCGGACAGGACGGCUCUGUCUUUUAAGUCGUCCGAGUGUCCGGGCCGCGAGAUCCUCAAGGUGAAGUGCAAGAACUUCGAGUGCGGCAUAAGGAGUCAAGUAACCUCGACAGCGAGGAUUGUCGGAGGCUCCAGUUCUUCUGCGGGAAGCUGGCCGUGGCAAGUCGCCUUGUACAAGGAUGGUAAUUAUCAGUGCGGCGGGGCUCUCAUCAACGAUCAAUGGAUUAUCUCAGCCGCACACUGUUUCUAUCACGCGCAAAACGACUAUUGGGUAGCGAGAAUCGGCGCGACUCGCAGGGAGAGCUUCCGCAGUCCGUAUGAGCAGCUCUUGCGGUUGGAUUACAUAUCGUUACACCCGGACUACGUUGAUAACGGAUUCGUAAAUGACAUAGCUGUGUUGCGGCUCGAGAGGCCGGUUACAUUCAGUGAUUACAUAAGGCCGGUUUGUCUGCCCGCGAAUCCGGUCAGUACCGGGACAGUCUGCAUCAUAACGGGAUGGGGACAAUUGUUCGAGAUCAACAGAGUGUUUCCGGAUACACUGCAAGAAGUGGAAUUACCAGUCAUUUCGACGGAGGACUGCCGACGAAAGACUCUGUUCUUGCCGCUGUACAGGAUAACGUCCGGAAUGCUCUGCGCGGGAUUACGGAACGGAGAGAAGGAUGCGUGCUUAGGAGACAGUGGGGGACCAUUGGUGUGCUUAUCUGAAAACCGAUACAUAUUGCAAGGUAUCACGUCCAACGGCUACGGCUGCGGGCGACGGGAGCGGCCUGGUGUCUAUACCAAGAUCUUUCACUUCCUCGACUACAUCGACAGCGUUGUCACGCAGAAGGAUAUCCAGCUGUCUGCGGUGGCGUUCUGCAAAGGUCACAGGUGCCCCCUCGGCGAAUGUUUGCCGAAGUCACGCGUCUGCAACGGAUUUCUUGAAUGCUCGGACGGUAGCGACGAGCGAGAUUGCCCCGCGACUUUGUGAUGAUACAAGACUGACAUGAUGUGUAUAUCGACGGAAUGAAAGCGCGAACGCGAUUUAGACGACGAUAGCGAUCCGAUAAGUAUGUAUGUAUAGUCUUAUUAACGUUGCAAAGAUGUGAUAGAGCGUUCCGCGUUCUUCUGUCUAGGGAACAAUACUUGUUGAUUAUUGUAAGACAACGCGCAUCCGCAGCGCACAAAUAGGGUGAAUUUCAAGUACAUUAAGUAGCGAAACUGGAUCUAGAUUGUUAUGCGAUCCUUUCCUCCAGAUUGCUCCGCAAGUGUGAUUGUCAAGCAAGCGGCACAUUUUCCCGUCUGUAGAUUAUUUACAUAAACGCUGAAAGCGACGAAACAUAAUGAGAUAUUCCAGUUCCUCGAUGAAAAGUCGAAUAGUUUGACCCCUUCGUCGAAACGUCGCGAUUCUCCGUGUCACGUGACUAGACUUAACGUGGAAUUGAUGUGAAGAUUUAUGGGAGAGAACGCGAUGUGACACGACAAAUACAUUCCUUUUAUGAGAA